CUGCCACUGCUGUUGUAUGGAUUAGGUGCUAAUAGGGAUGAUCUUGUAGGAAGCCUCAAGCACAAUCGCAGCCGAAAGCGUGGCAGGGAGUCAACCCCAUCACCCAGCGGGCAAGCUCCGCCAUGCCCAAUGGCUCUGCAGAGAAGCCACUACCACCCGUACCUGCUCCCACACAAGGACAACAGUCUGCACAGCCGCAAAUCAAAAGCAAGAUGGAGUCACAUGCCGACAAGCAUGCACAUGACCGGUUACUGUUCGUCCUCGCACAUUCUCAGGGCAUGGACGCAACCAUCACUCUGAAGAAUGGCGAGCAAUUUGCCGGCAUUUUCGCUGGCGGCUCGUUUGACUCGGUGUCUACAAGCAAAUACGCACUGAAGAUGACACGACGUGUUGCUCCACCUAGCGGCCACCAAGUCAACGGCAACGUGGAAACGCACGAUGAAACGGUCGGUGAGGGUGAAGACCGCGUCAUGACAUUUGACAUCCAGGACACCGUGUCACUCGAUGUCAAAGAUGUGGUCACCGCGAGCGCACAACAGCAGCCUAAUGGCUCGAUAUCAUCCUCCUUCCGCACAGAUACGGAGAUCUCCGGCCGUGAACCUUCAAUACCGCACCAUCGCGAACUCCAACGCUGGGAACCCACCGGUGAUCUGAACAUUGACAUGUCACUCGAGGACUCUGGAGAUUCUGGUUGGGACCAGUUCGCAACCAACGAGCGCAUGUACGGUGUGUCGUCCACCUACGACGAGAACAUGUACACCACAGCGAUAGACCGUAGCAACCCACAAUACCAGCAGCGUGCUGCAGCGGCGGAACGGAUAGCUCGCGAGAUUGAAGGCUCGGCCGCAGCCAAUCCGCACGUGGCGGAAGAGAGAAAGCGAGACGCUGAGAAAGGCGACGGUCUGGACGAGGAGGAUAAAUACUCUGGCGUGCGGAGAGAGCCGGGUGGGUCGUUACCGAAACGAGCUGCUGGAGCAUAUGUGCCGCCUUCGCAACGGCCGAUCACUGGGAUACCGACGGUACCCGGUGCGCCCUUCGAUCCUGCGAUCAUCUCAACGGCGAAACCGGUACCGCCUCCGUCUGCACCGCCUGCGCAGACAAGUACACCCGCCGACUCGGCUAAGCCGGCACCGCAGACUCAACUGGCAGCGCCGCCAACUCAACUUCCAACAGUCGAGAGCGCCUCGAAAGACGCACCUCCCACAUCUAGGGACGCCUCAAGACCUAGAGCAGCCGCGGCGGCGCAGGGUGUGCCAGCAGAAAAGGGCACACAUGACGCUUUCCGACAGACAGCCGAUGCCUUCAAAGACUUUGCCAACAGCGAGAAGUUGAAGUUCAGGCAGGUUGUCGAGCAGAAGCGUGCCAACAAUCGCCACGAGAAGAAUGUGAAGCUUAACGAUCUGAAGAAGUUCGCCGAGAACUUCAAGCUCAAGAGUCGCGUGCCUGAUGAUCUUGUGCCGAUACUCGCGAAGGACCGCGAGAAGCAGGUUGAGAUCCAGAAGAAGGCUGAAGAGGAGGCGAAGAAAGCCGAAGUCGAGCGCGAGGAGAAGAAGAAGAAAGAUGUCAUCGCCGCCACCCCACCCGCUCCGUCCACAGUGACUAUGCCGCAGGCAGCCGCACCUCCAGGCCCUGCGUCGGAAAAGCGCAUACCAUACAAUCACUCACGCACUCGUCAAUCUCAGCAGAUGCACAACGGACCGAUGGUGCCCAUGCCAGGUCCCAUACCCGGCCAAUCACCGGCUCGUGCCAUGCCGACGAACCAAAGACAGCCCAGCAAUCAAGCAUUCUUGCGCCAGCAGCAGCCGCCGUUGCAAGAUAUACACAUCCCAAGCGGUCUGGCAGCCGAGAAGGUGCCCUUGAGUCCAGUCUCAGCUACAAGCAGUAGCAGAUUCAACAUCAAGGCCGCAGAGUUCCGGCCGACUGCCGCAAACUUCACGCCCGCAGGCACUACCCCUUCACCGCAACGAAAGCCAAGCACCGCAGAGUCCACAGCACCCCAAGAACCCGCCACAGCCAGCUUUUUCGCCAAAGACAGCAAACCCAUCCCAGAAGACCAACAGAAAGGCAUCGACGACGCCUUCAACCCCGUCGCCCGCAUGCUAGCCGAAAACAAAGACACCGAAACCAACACCAACCAAAUCCUCGCCAAAAACGGCGGCAUUCCUUUCUCCUACCGCACGCCCCCCACCUGGCCGGGAGACGAAAACCGCUCGUACAAAGACUCCUUCCCCGUCAAAAACCUUGCCCCGCAUCCGCACAGCCAGGGCACAAGUCCCAUGCACACGCCCGUCCCUAAUGGACACGGACCGAUGCCGCCUCAUCAUCACGCACACCAAUUACCAGCGCAUAUGCAGGGUCCACCACAGCAUGCUCACGGCCCGCGACCGCAGUACUACGGUCAUGGGCAGCAUUCUUCGCCUGGUGGUGGUGGAGGUGGGUUUGUGGACCCACGCAUGCACCAGCAGUUUGGGCCGCCAAAUGGGAGUGUGCAGAGUUCGCCGAGGUUCGGGCCGGCGCAGAUGGCCGCGUUUGGCCCUCCCCCGCCUGGUCCGAAUGUUGGUCCGCCGCAUGGUCAUCAUCCUAUGCAUAUAAACAUGAACAUGGGGAUGGGGAUGGGUGUGAAUAUGGGCAUGAAUAUGGGAGUGCCACCGCAGUUUGCCGCGCCGCCGUACGGUAUGAGUCCUAGUAUGGGCGCGCGGACGAUGAGUGGAGGAUUACCGCCACCGGGCGGUCCGCAGGGACAACAGCAGCAGAUGCAGCAUUUUAGAGGCAAUAAUGGCGGACCGCAACAGCAACAGCAGCAGUUCCCCGGUGCCGCCGGUGGUCCGCCGAUGAUGAAUAUGGGCAUGGGUGUGCAGAUGAUGGUGCCGAAUUUGAGUUCGCAGGGUGGUGGAUUUGGAGGGUAUCCGAAUAGUCCCAUGCCUGCCCACGCUUCGCCGUAUGCGCAUGCAGCUUCUCCUCGUCCGGGCCAGGGGGUCGGGGCGGGGAUGAUGCAGCAUCAGGGCUCCCACCAAGGUUUCAAUCCUCAGCAGCAGCAGCAGGGACAACAGCAGGGGGCCAUGUACGGCGCCGGACCAGCGGGUUUCGGGCCCGGACCGCAUCCGAUGCAUCAGUGGCAGAGGCAGAUGAGUAACAGCGGGAGUGGGAUGCAGGGCGGUGGUGGGCCGGGGUUCACGCCGAGGCAGCAGCAUGCCCUUCCUAACAGUGGUCCUAUGGGGAUGGCGAUGCCUAUGCCUGGACUUGCGCCGCAGAGGAGUCCGGGGAUGGGGCCUGGUGGGGCUGGUGGGGAGGAAGGGGCGAAGGGUGGGUGAGAGGAUCUCAUAAGGUUUCUUUGAGCGGCGACAGGCCGAAGGGGGAUAU